AUGACCAGAGAGUACACCAUUAACAUUCACAAGCGCAUUUGUGGAGUAGGUUUCAGGAAGUGUGUCCCCUGGGCAAUCAAAAAGAUCAGGAAGUUUGCCAUGAAGGAAAUGGGGACACCAUGUGUGCACACUGAUACAAGGCUCAACAAAGCUGCCUGGGCCAAAGGAAUAAGGACCGUGCCUUACUACAUCCACAAGAGAUUGUCCAGAAAGCUUAAUGAUGACGAAGAGUCACCAAACUAG